GCAAUCACUAUGCAAAGUGUUGCAAAGCAGCUUCAAGACAGAAAGUUCACACAGUUGAAGAAGAUGAUGAUAAGGAGUUUCUUGUCAAUGUGGUGCAAGCAUGCACAAUUGAAAAAGAAGAAUGGAUUGUUCCAAUCACAGUGAAUCAGACGACAAUACCAUUCAAGUUAGAUACAGGUGCUCACGUAAACCUGCUAUCUUUGGAAGAUUACAAAACACUGACUGUAAAGAGCAAAAUCCAUCCAGUAAAAACCAAAGUAAGUGGAUACACUGGAGAACGAGUUCCUGUUAAAGGCGGAUGUAUUGCAACUUUUAAACACAAGGGUCGACAAAUGAGAGCACAGCUACUGAUCGUGGAUAUGAGUGUACAACCAAUCCUGGGACUCAGUGCAUGCACAAAGCUCAAUCUUGUCAAAAGAGUGUUUGUGGUGACAUCUCAAGAAACUACAAAUGCUCAGGACACACUCAUGGAAGAGUAUAAGGACUGCUUUCAAGGACUUGGAUGUCUACCUGGACUACAUAAAAUAUGUGUAGAUAAAAAUGUGUUUCCUGUUGUGCACCCGUGCAGGAAAGUCCCAUUUGCUCUGCGGGAAAAACUGAAAGAUGAACUAGCACGAAUGGAAAAGUUGGGAGUCAUUAAAAGAAUAGAUGAGCCAACUGAAUGGGUCAGCUCGCUGGUUGUUGUGCAAAAGAAAACAGGUGCCCUAAGAAUAUGCUUGGAUCCAAGAGACUUAAAUAAAGCGAUCAGAAGAGAGCACUUCAAGUUACCAACCAGGGAAGAGAUCAUGGCACAAUUUGCUGGAGCAAAAUGGUUCAGCAAAUUAGAUGCUUCAUCAGGUUUCUGGCAGAUGAAGCUUGACGAGGAGAGUUCAAGACUGUGCACAUUUAACACCCCGGAGGGCAGGUACAGGUUUCUUCGUCUACCAUACGGCAUCUUGUCAGCGCCUGAAGUAUAUCAUAAGACCAUUCACAUGAUUUUUGAGCACAUACAUUGUGACAAUGAUGGAUGAUAUCAUAGUGUGGGGCUCAACCCGAAAAGAACACGACGAAAGACUGAGACAAGUGCUAGACAAGACAAGGGAGAUGAACCUGAAACUUAACAAAGAAAAAUGUGAGUUUGGAGUGAAGUCACUUACCUUUGUGGGAGAUGUUGUGAGUGAAGAGGGCGUGAAGCCAGACCCGAGAAAAACUUCAGCAAUCAUCAACAUGGAAAGGCCAACCAACAAAGAUGAGGUCAGACGUUUCCUAGGGAUGGUCACCUAUCUUGCCAAGUUUGUCCCACAACUGUCAACACAGUCAGCACCUCUCAGGAGUCUUCUUGAACAAAAGAAUGAAUGGAUAUGGUCCCACGAGCAAGAACAAUGUUUUCUGAAACUGAAAGAGACUCUUACACAGGAGCCUGUGUUAAAGUUUUAUGACCCCGAGAAGAGCACCAGGAUCUCGGCAGAUGCAUCGCAGUACGGCCUGGGAGCAGUGCUACUGCAGCAACAUGAAGAGCAGUGGCUACCUGUCGCCUAUGCAUCCAGAGCACUGAUAAGUGCCGAGACCAGGUAUGCUCAAAUUGAAAAAGAACUGUUAGCAAGUUUGUAUGCAUGUGAGCGUUUCCAUCAAUAUGUAUAUGGACAGAUGUUUCAAGUGGAAACUGAUCAUAAACCGUUGGUGUCCAUCAUGAACAAACCAUUGAAUGACUGUCCAGUACGAAUACAGCGCAUGCUAAUUCGACUGCAAAAAUAUGACGUGCACAUGAUGUAUACACAAGGAAAAUAUAUGUACACAGCUGACACAUUGUCUAGAGCAGUGGAUAAGAGAGAACUUGCAGACAGUGAAAAUAGCACAGAAAUACAGGCAUAUGUAGAUAUGGUAGUGACAUCUUUGCCGGUGACUGCAGACAGAACAGAACACAUACGGAGAGAGACUAUUGCAGAUGAAACUAUGAAAGAACUCAAGAGCACAGUACAGAAUGGAUGGCCUGACAACAAAAAGGAUUGCCCCUUGAAAAUACAAGACUAUUGGAAUUGUAGAGCUGAGCUCACAGUGGUGGAUGACAUUGUGCUAAAAGGGAGCAAAUUUGUUAUUCCGUACUCACUGCGCAAACAGAUGCUCGAAAAGAUACACGAAGGCCACCUCGGUGAAGUCAAGUGUAAAAGGAGGGCUAGAGAAGUAAUGUACUGGCCAAAGAUCAAUCAGGAUAUUAGCCAAACAACAACGUCAUGUGGAGUUUGCCGAACUUACAGGCCAAAACAACAAGCUGAGCCACUGAUGACUCAUCCUGUGCCCCACAGACCGUACUACAAAGUAGGAACUGAUCUAUUUGACUUUGAUGGAAGGAGCUACGUGGUAGUCACAGACUACUUUUCAAACUAUCCGGAAAUUGGAGCGUUGCAGUCAACAUCGAGCAAAGCAGUUGUCAGUUAUUUAAAGACUGUUUUCGCCAGACAUGGUGUUCCAUGCGAACUGUUUUCUGACAAUGGUCCCCAGUUUUCUAGUUGUGAGUUUGCUGCCUUUGCCAAGGAAUGGGGGUUUCAACACUCCACGUCAAGUCCAACUUAUCCAAAGUCCAACGGCUUGGCAGAAUGCUCUGUAAAAACAGUAAAAAAUUUGUUAAAAAAAUCACAGGACAAAGAUGACUUUCAGAAAAGUUUACUGAUCUACCGGAGUGCACCUCUACAAAAUGGACUGUCACCAGCCCAAAUGCUGAUGGGUAGGCGCAUUCGCUCCAACCUACCAGUCAACGAGGAUUUGCUGACACCCAAAGGCGCACACAAAGUCAGACACGCUAAGGAAGUACAAAAAGCAAAGCAAAAACAGCUGCAUGAUAGAACGGCAAAACACCUGCCUAUGCUGAGGCCGGGAGACGUUGUGUGUCUCAGAGACAUUUCUACAGGCACUUGGAGACAAAAAGGACAGGUGGAAGAGAAAGUUGCUCCACGUUCGUAUAGGAUCCAGAUGGAAAAUGGACCGACUCUGAGAAGGAACAGCACGGAUCUUCAACUACAGCUGACUGAAGGCAACAUUGCAGCUCAGGAAAAGGCUCAACAGGACUCAGCUGGACCUGCAGAACUUGCUGACACUGAGCCUGACCUUGCUGACCAAGGACUGACAGCAGUGUCCGCGUCACCUGCUGUUGAGAGACUGUCUAACUCUAGACCUAAGAGACAUGUUCAGCCACCUAAGAGGCUGAUUGAGAGUUGUUAAGGACUCUGAGGUUUUGAGAGUUGUAAAAAAAAAAAAAAAAGAAAAAAAAAAGGGUUGACAGAACUGUUUAUGAUGCUUUGACAUUUUUGCACUUUGUCUUUAUUGAAAGAAAUGUCUAUGUAGAGAAAAGUUAUUUGCAGAUGUGGUUGCAAUGCUAAAAGAAUGAAAAGUUAAACACUAUUUCUUUAUAGGGGGAAAGAUGUGAUGUUAUGUGCCAGGGAAUAUAAGAACUACACUACCCAGCAUGCAACAGGAAUGAUGAGCAUGCGUGGCAGCCCGGAAGGUGGUAUG